ACUCUACUUCGUUUUCUUUUCUACAUCUCACAAUCUACCUAUGAAAAGGAACAUCUGAUGCAGACACUAGCAUAAAUCAAUUCCCUAGCAGUGCCAAGAGCAACAACAACGGAGAAAUGUUACAAAACCCAAUAGUACUUCGAUCUUCCCCUCAACCUUUCAAUCCUCCAAUUCGCACGUCAGCACCAUCACUUUCGCCAUUCCAACUAAUACCCACUUCUCCAUCCUUUCCAGUCCUCAAACAUAAAUGCAGCUUAUCGCGUAGAGAGCUCACAAUCUACAGCAACUCUUGUUUGCUCCUUCUUUUGGGUGCUCAGGCAGUGGAUGGAUCCAGAGCAAGAGCAGAAGAAAAUGUUGCUAACCCAAGUACCAGUGAUCAACAAGAAGAGAAUCUGACAAUCACUCCCAGCUGCACUGAAAGAAAACCCACCAAAGAAGUAUUCUUCGAUAUAUCUAUUGAUGGUGAACCUGUUGGUCGCAUUACUAUUGGGCUCUUCGGAGAUGAUGUCCCUGCAGGAGUUGAUAGGUUUAGUAAGAUUGUAAGUGGGGCUGCUGGUAUUAGCUAUAGAAGAAAAGAGUUUGUAAAAAUCAUGCCCAAUUAUGUUCAACAUGGUGGCCUUAGAUCUUAUGGGGUGGAUGUUGAACUUGCUAAGAGGACAGGGAACAAUUUGGCAACUGAUAGUCUUGUUGAGGAAUGGGAGAGAACGUACGAGAGAUGUCCGGGGACUAAAAACGUGGCUGGAAGUGUAGGCAUUAUUGUGAGAGACCCAUCAAAACCCCCUCCCAAGUUGAAGCUGAUUGCAAAACAAGGGAAGCUGGAGAUUGAUCAAGAAGAAGUUGGAACUGAUCCCAACGGAACAGAAUUUGUCAUUGUUACAAAGGAUUCACCAGAGCUGGAUGCAUCGUCGCUUGUGAUUGGAAGGGUAGUAAGAGGGAUGGAGGUUGUGCAGAGGAUUGGUCAGGUAAAAACUGUACAAGAGAAUACGGGCUCUCCGUAUUUUAGGGUAGCAAAGCUAAUCGGAGACAAAAGAGCUGUUGUAGCAGAAAGAGGAUUCAACCGCCCUUAUUCUAAGGUUAUCGUUACCAACUGUGGCGUAAUGGAGUAAACAUAAAAUUGUCUACUCCCUUCUCUCGUUGAUUUCCCGUGUAAGAGGACAUAUCACAUUCUAUAACAAUAUCCAUUAUCGUCCAACCCUAUGUAACUUCUGCCAAUUGUAUUACAAAUGACGAAAAAAUAUUACAGCUCGGUUAACCG